AUGGAUUAUAGGCCUGUAUCAAGCAGAACAAGGUCGAAGAGAGACAAAGCUAUCAUUGAACGUCAUUUGGAAAUGAAAAUUAACAGUGGGGUGAGUCCAGCCUCAAGGGAUAAGAAAAUGAGGAGGUCCAACCAGGCUUCUGUUUCUCAUAUGGGUGAGUCCAGUUCUAGGAGACAGAGUUUUGAGUGGGUUGCUGAUCAUGUGGAAUCCCUAGAAAACCAACAGAAUGAUGAUGAUUCAGAGAGUGUUAUAAAAAGAAGUGGGAAACAGGGAAAGGGGAAAGGAGUUGCGGUUGGUGUGAAGAGAAAGAGGAGUUUAGGAUUAGAUGUGUCGGCUGAUAGCAACAAAGAUGGUUGCCAUUGGAGAGCUGUUUCGGAUAAUGGUGUGGAAGUUGUCGAUUUGGUGGAUAGUCCUGAUGAUGAUGAGGUACUAGUUUCUAAAGGUAAAGAGGGAGGAGUAGGAGUUGAUGUUGAUGUUGAUGGUGUGAGUGAUGAUGAAAGUGAUGAGGAUGUUGAAGAUGUUCGUGAUAAUAAGAGUGAUGAGGAUGUUUCAUCAGCAGAGGAAGAUGACAGUAGUGACGAAAGUGUGUUCUCUAUAGAGGAGAAAAAUGAAUGUGUUUCCUCAUCAGUUGAAGAUAGUAGUGAGCAGGAAGAUGAAGAGGAGAGUGAGGUGACGGAGAAGAAUGAGAAAGCGUGCAAGGGAGAAAGUGUUGAGGUUGAUUGGAAGGGAAAGAUAAAUGCUGAUGGUGAUGUUCUGCAUUAUUGUUCUGCUCAUGAUACUGAUACUGAUGUCAGAAGUGAGCAAGUGUGGAAGGAAGAAAGUCUUGGGAUUCAUCUGAAGGGAAAGAUUAAUGCUGAUGGGGAUGAUCUACAUUCUUCUUCUGAUUAUGAUAUCAGUGACAGAAGGGCAAAAUUGGGGGAGGCAGAGAGUGUGUUGGUUACCUCCCGAACUGAAAAAAAGAGCACGAGGGUACCAAAACAGAAAAGAUUACCUACUAUUGCAUUUGAAGCCCCAAAAGUUGAAUGUCUCCCUUUGAGAUUCAGUUUUGCUAAGCAGCCAACUAUUCCUGAGAAGCCAGAUUAUGAGAGAGAAGUAGAUGCCCUUCUUGCUGAAUAUAGAUUUUCUAUAGCAUAUGAGAAUGCUUCUGCUGAUUCUAAGGCCAAAGGAAACAACUUUUCAAGGUCCUUUAAUUCACGAAAGGAUGACAAAGAUGAGACAUAUGGUGGUAGUCGUCCAGAAACAUAUAAGAAGAAAGAAAGGGUGGGGAAUCUUACCAACAAAAAGGGCAUUACAGCACCAAAAGAUUGCAAUGCCUUUAUGAUUCUUGUAGAUUCGAUUUAUGACAAGGGAGAAGUGUCAGGGGAACUACCUCCGUUUGGGGAUGAAUCCCCCCAAGAUGAAGCUCCAAGAGAUGAGCCUCUUCCAUUGUUUUUCACGCUUGGUCAUCCUCCAAGUCCUGCACCAGAGAAGUCAGCUUCUGAGAUAGAACUAGAAAACCUUUUUGAAGAAUAUGACUUUGUCCAAAUGUCUGAAGAGAUUGGUUCCACUGAUUCUAAACUGGUUGAAACUAAUGACUCAGUCCCUCCCGGUACGGAAGUUACUCAGUAUAUGCUUUGUAGUCAAGGGAAACACGAUCUUAUACUUGAUGAAGAAAUUGGACUCAUAUGCCAAUUCUGCCCUCAUGUGCAUCGGGAGAUCAAGUAUAUUGUACCAGACUUUAGCACUGUGUUGGCACAUGCAUCAGUAUGCAUCUUUGUAGGCUUUCUUUUAGGUUUUAGAGAUGUAGCAAGGACUUACGGGCAAUAA